AUGUCUGUCGCUGGUUUGAAGAAACAGUUUUACAAAGCAAGUCAGUUGAUGAGUGAGAAGGUGGGAGCUGCUAAAGGGACUGAACUGGAUGAAGAGUUCAAAGAUCUGGAAAAGAAAGCUGAUAUUACAAGUAAAGCCAUUGUAGAUGUCCUCUCCAGAACAACAGAGUACCUCCAGCCCAACCCAGCAAUGCGGACAAGGAUGGCCAUGAUGUCAAAAAUAAAAGGUAAUUCCAAGGGCACGGGUUACCCUCAGGCGGAGGGCAUACUGGGAGAGACCAUGGUCAAGUACGGGCACGAAAUGGGCGAGGACGCAAACUUUGGUGGCGCUCUUGUUGAGUACGGGGAGUCCAUGAAGAGACUGGCAGAAGUGAAGGACUCUUUAGACAUUGAUGUCAAACAAAACUUUAUUGAUCCCUUUCAAACCCUUGUUGACAAGGAUCUAAAAGAUAUACAGCACCAUCUGAAGAAAAUGGAGAGUCGACGACUGGAUUAUGAUUACAAGAAGAAGCGUCAGGGGAAGAUCUCGGAUGAUGAACUGCAGCUGGCUUUGGAAAAGUUUCACGAGUCUAAAGAUGCCGCAGAGAACAGCAUGUGGAGUUUACUGGAGACUGACGUGAAGCAGGUUGGCCAGCUCUCGGCUCUGGUGGAGUCACAGCUACAGUAUCACAAACAGGCUGUUGAGAUCCUGGAGGAACUGGCCCAGAAAAUGAGAGAAAGAGUAAAUGAGGUUCAGUCCAGGCCUUCACAGCAACGUAAGCCAAAACCCAAAUCCAAGCCCAGCUUUGACUAUUCAGAAUCAGAAUAUUCGGACAACAGCUAUAAUUCCUCUCCAUAUUCUCCUCCAGGGUACUCGGCCUCAGCAACCCCAUCAUUCAACAAAUCGUCUGUGCGCCGAAACCGACAAACACAGCAGCCUCACUGUAAGGCAUUGUAUGACUUUGAACCAGAGAACGAGGGAGAGCUGCGUUUCAGCGAAGGUGACAUCAUUACCCUAAUCAGUCAGGUCGAUGAAAACUGGUACGAGGGAGCAGUAAACGGCCAAUCAGGAUACUUUCCCGUCAACUAUGUAGAGGUGGUGGUGCCUUUGCCUUAG